AUGACAGAAAAUUUUACAGAAAAUACUACAGAAAAUACUAUAGAAAAUAAUACAGAAAAUACGACAGAAAAUAUUACAGAAAAUACUAUAGAAAAUACUAUAGAAAAUACUAUAGAAAAUACUAUAGAAAAUACUAUAGAAAAUACUAUAGAAGAUACUAUAGAAAAUACUAUAGAAAAUACAAUAGAAAAUACAAUAGAAAAUACUAUAGAAAAUACUAUAGAAAAUACUAUAGGAGAUACUAUAGAAAAAACUAUAGAAAAUACUACAGAAAAUACUACAGAAAAUACUAUAAAAAAUACUAUAGAAAAUACUAUAGAAAAUACUAUAGAAAAUACUAUAGAAAAUACUAUAGAAAAUACUAUAGAAAAUACUAUAGAAAAUACUAUAGAAAAUACUAUAGAAAAUACUAUAGAAAAUACUAUAGAAAAUACUAUAGAAAAUACUAUAGAAAAUACUAUAGAAAAUACUAUAGAAAAUACUAUAGAAAAUACUAUAGAAAAUACUAUAGAAAAUACUAUAGAAAAUACUAUAGAAAAUACUAUAGAAAAUACUAUAGAAAAUACUAUAGAAAAUACUAUAGAAAAUACUAUAGAAAAUACUAUAGAAAAUACUAUAGAAAAUACUAUAGAAAAUACUAUAGAAAAUACUAUAGAAAAUACUAUAGAAAAUACUAUAGAAAAUACUAUAGAAAAUACUAUAGAAAAUACUAUAGAAAAUACUUUAGAAAAUACUAUAGAAAAUACUAUAGAAAAUACUAUAGAAAAUACUAUAGAAAAUACUAUAGAAAAUACUAUAGAAAAUACUAUAGAAAAUACUAUAGAAAAUACUAUAGAAAAUACUAUAGAAAAUACUAUAGAAAAUACUAUAGAAAAUACUAUAGAAAAUACUAUAGAAAAUACUAUAGAAAAUACUAUAGAAAAUACUAUAGAAAAAUACUAUAGAAAAUACUAUAGAAAAUAUAUUAAUGCUUUAGUCUUUUUGUUUUCUUUUUUAAAGGAGUGA